CUUCAAAAGGCAAAUAUGUCCAAAUCAGGCAAUACUUAUGUAAAAGUGUUUUAUAGAAUUUUUCCAACUGAAAAACCGUCUUGGGAUUUAGUGAAACUGAAGAAUAAGAAAACGAUCUAUCUCAGAAAUUUACAACAGCUGCAAGAUCCAAGUAAAUCUAAAGAACCAGCCAAUUUUUGGGAGUUUGAAACUGAUGGUAUUUUUUUCAACGACAGCCAAGAGUCGGUCUAUUCCGAAGUUAUUGAUGAAACUUUAGAAAGGGUAAGCAAAGGUCACAACAUUAUACUAACUGCUUUCGGACAAACAGGAACUGGAAAAUCUCUAACGUUAUCUGGAUUGCAACUCUCAGAAGAAGAUCUAGGUAUAGCUCCUAGACUAAUUAAACAUCUACUGGCACUCAAAGAACUGCAGCCAAAAAAUAUCAAAAUGUGCAUCCAAAUGUCUUAUGCUGAAUUUUCAAAAACAGCAGUCAUCGAUUUACUCAAAGAAUAUCCUAACAGUUUAGAAAUAUGGCACACGAAAGAAAACAUCACGAAAAUCAAAGUGAAAUCCGAAUUUGAUACCAUGAAACUCUUAUACUUGGGUGAAGCUAGAAAAUCUAUUAUUCAAACUAAUAAUUAUAUGUCUCAUCUGAAUACUUCUGUUCUUACCUUUUACAUAACUACCAGAGAUAUCGAUUUUAGCUAUCCCUACAACAUUGUUUCAAGGAUACAUUUGAUUGAUAUGGCAGGUGCCGACACUUUAGGCAACUCAUCCUGUAUAUUGAAAAAUCCUGCAGACGUAGGGUCUGCCAAUUUAUUCAAACUCAACAUGGAGCUCUUCUUUUUAUGUUUAAUGGGAAAAAUACCAGAACUUAUAAGAGUCAAGCAAAGAAUCAGUCCUCUCACAUAUUUUUUAGGUGGUGAUUUGAGCAAUCAAAGUACUAUGAGGUUUAUAGCACAUGUCAAAAUCCUCAAGGAGAAUCUACCGAUAACCAUGUCGAUGUUGAGGUUUGGACAACUUUUGAGAGGAUACCAACCUCGUCAGAAAGAUCUGGAUUUCGAAGUCAACACAGAUUACAAAAUCAAAUUCUUGCAGACCCAACUGGAAGAACUCCAGAAAGAGAAAAUCCAGAACUCGGUGUUACUCAAUCAGGAUCUCACGAAGAACAUGAACUCCGAUAGGAUGGACCAUCUAGAACGCACCGUAAACGACUACCUCAAGAACCGCAUCACCGAAAUAACCGUUCUCAGCGUGGCGGAGGCCUCAACGGUGUUCAAACUGCUGAAGGAGAUGUGCAACCAGUGCGAACAAGAGAAAAUCAAGCUGGCGAAGGAAGCCAAACCGAUUUCGGAAGCAUCGUUGCAUAAAUUCAGGAGGGCUUCGAAAGGGAAUCUCAGCUCCGCAUCGUUAAGAGAGAAAAGAUCUUCGAUGAAGAGGUCAUCGAGAAGGUUGAGUGCGGAAAAAGUUGAAAAAUCCACCUCUGUGCAAUCCUUGAUGGAUCCCAAAUAUAAAUCUCAAAACAGAACCAGUGUAGAAAUAUCAUCCGGCUCGCUGACCAACAUCCAAAAACGCUUGCGAUCGACGGGCCACCUGCCCAAAUCGGCGGAGCGACCUUCGCGACCGCCCUCUGCCGUGGGCGGUUUCCACAAGCGCGUGUCUGCCAUCGGCAAGCGCAAGUCCACCAACAGCAUGGGCGCGGCCAUCUUGUCCGAGAAGAGCGUCCACGAGACGGUGGUGCUGGUGCCCGAUGCGGUGCCCGAGAACCAGGAGGCGUGGGCGGCGUACCAGAACGAGCAGGCGUACAAGAACACGCUGGAGGAGUACAGGGCUAAUGAAGGAAGGAUCAUUGAUGAAUACAGCGAGUAUUUGGAGGAACUUAAGAGGCUGCAGAAUAUUAAGGAGGAGCUAGAAAACAUGAAAUUCGAGAUAACCGAGGGAGAAAUUAUGAGGAAAUUUAACGUUUGCUCCAAAAAUAAAGAAACUGAACUGACAGAGGCAAUUCUGACCGAAGCUGAAACCAUUUGUCAAGAAAAUAUGGAGAGAAGCCAGCAAUCACUUACGGAUCAGCAAGAGACUGUCCUGAAGAGUCAGGCGGAAUUGAAAAUUUACUUGAAAAUUCGCAAAGAUAUCAAAAAUCAACUGACUAUAGAUUUCGAAAAUUAUUGCAAGGAAAAGUAUAACAUACCAUUGCCCACUUUGAAGACUCUGAGCGAAGAAGAAAUGUUGAAAGAUACAAAACACCAAUCAGUUUCCGUGAAAAAUGAUGCUGAAGAAAAAAUCAAUGAUAUCAAGAAGAAAAGUUCCCAACUGAGUAGUUUGAGAAAAAUAAUGAGUAAAGAAAAACAUCGAAAUGAUAAAAUUAGACAGAAAUCUUCCAUAACUUGGAUUAAUACACCAACAAAAACAUGAAUCUACCAUACAUAUUUUAUAUAAUGUCGCAUAACAAUAAUAAUAAUAAUAAAGAGUCUGAAG